UUACUCCAGUUUCACAAACAUAUCGUGCUUCUGAGUGUAAGAUUAAUUAAUCUUCAAAUACAUAUCGAGAAUCUGACUGUAAGAUUAGUUAAGUUUCACCUACAUAUCGAGAAUCUAACUGUAAGAUUAGUUAAGUUUCAGAAAAAUAUCGAAAUUCUCUCUGAAACAUUACUUCAGUUUCACAAACAUAUCGUGCUUCUUACUGUAAGAUUAAUUAAGUUUCAAAUACAUAUCGAGAAUCUGACUGUAAGAUUAGUAAAAUUUCACCUACAUAUCGAGAUUCUGACUGUAAAAUUAGAUAAGUUUCACAUAAAUAUCGAAAUUCGAACUGAAAGAUAA